AUGCUCAUUUCUAUCUAUCUAUCUAUGACUGUUCAUAUCUAUCUAUCUGAGUCUUUUCUUUUCUAUCUCCCUAUCAAUCUAAGCCUUUUCUAUCUAUGUCUUUUUUUUUCUUUUCUUUAUUUAUGUCUUUUCUAUCUAUUUUCUUUCUGUCUCUUCUUUAUCUAUCCUUUUUUCUUCCUAUCUAUCUAUCUAUCUAUCUAUCUAUCUAUCUAUGUCUUUUCUAACUAUAUUUUUCUACCUACCAAUCUAUCUAUGACUUUUCUGUUUUUUUACCUAUCUAUCUAUCUAUCUAUCUAUCUAUGUCUUUUUACCUAUCUAUGUAUGUCUUUUCUGUUUAUUUUACCUAUCUAUUUUCUCUGUCUAUGUUUUUCUACCUACCUAAGUCUUUUUUGUUUUUUUCACCUAUCUUUCUAUCUAUUUAUGUCUUUACUAUGUUUUUUACUUAUCUAUCUAUGUCUUUUUUAUGUUUUGUUUUACCUAUGUUUUGUACCUACCUAUCUAUGUCUUUUACCUAUCUAUCUAUGUUUUCUACCUACCUACCUAUCUAUCUAUCCUUUUUCUACCUAUCUAUCUAUGUUUUCUAUCUAUCUACCCUUUUUCUACCUACCUAUCUAUCUGUAUUCUUUUAUACGUGAGUGUAUAUAUAUGUCGAAUAUAUGUUGA